AAAAGUAUUUUCAUUAAUAUUACAGGUAUCAACGAGCUAUGGAUAUUCCGAAUCCAGGAUGUAGCUUCACUGUAAAUGGGGCCACAAAUACAGAGAAACUCUGCAUCUUGGAUGCUGACACACAAUAUGGAAAAGUGAUAGAUAGGAAAGUGCGGGAAUUAUGCGUUGAAUCGGAUUUACUUCCAUUAGAUACACCAGCCUUCAGAAUAAAAGAAGAAGGCUAUAAAGCAAUAAUCAUAUCUGGAGGACCUAAUUCUGUAUAUGCCGAAGAUGCCCCAAGAUAUGAUGCAGACAUAUUCAGAAUAGGAUUGCCUGUUCUAGAAAUGGGGUUCUUGACUAACAUCCGACAGCAGUUUGGUCUACAAACAGUUGCACACAUGAAAACAUGGGCAAAAACGAACACCAAGUUGGCGUCGAUGAGAAACAGAAAAAGCUGUUCUUGCUGAAAUGUAGAAAGUACCACAUAUUUCCAAAUCACGUAACUAAUGGUAUUGGUAACGUCACAACAUUACUACACCACCGAGGAGGAACAACUGGACGAUCCGUGCAGAGUUUCAAUCACAGGUUAA